UUCUCGCAGUACAACACUCCACUCAUUCCGCGCCGCGCACCCCGUUCGGCGUCCUCAGCAACUCCGCAAACGAAGCUACCAAGAGCUUUAUGAUGAACAACGACGGAAAGUUAAACAAUUCCGACCUUUCUCACAAUAUCGCUGGAUAUAAAUAGUAUUUUUGGAAUAGAUCGGGAAUGACGAGAGUGGAAGUAAGAGCGUUGAAACGGCGUGCUCAAAUAGAACCCAACAUGGCGCUGCCUACGACCGAGCUGAAUUCAUUUCUGGAGUCCGCGGACCUCGCCACCUGUAUGCUUGCGCUCUGCUAAACGAGCCGUGAACAACUUGGGGGGAAAAAACUGGAAAAAGGCGUCAAGUUGACAGCAGACGAUUGGAAUUAGCGGCUAACUGCCAGGAGAUGACCUGUUAGUGAUGCGGGGACCCAGAGAAAUCUGGAUUUAAGUGAAGGGAACCACAUCACACAAAGCAUGGUGGAUGCCAGGUUAACCCCCCUGGCCGCCAUGGGUCUGGACCGCAAUGCUCUUAUGCGGGAUGGCCUCCGCCUGCACGGCGGCGUGAUCUACCCAGGGAUCCAAGCGCUGUCGGCUGAGAAGCCCCGCGAAGUGACCAAUACCCUCCCCCUGAGCUACGGCCGGGACGGCCUCCCGGACCUCCUCUAUAAGCCUGAUGUCUCCAUGGACAGGAGCAAGCUUAGUAACGGCUACAUGGGCCUGUACAAGAGCCCUCCACCAGGCCUCCAGAGGGGGCCAGAGGGCCUAGACAGGAUAGGCCUGGGGCCUGGGGGGCAGAAGCCCUCAGAGCUGGGCCUGGGGGGUGCUGGUGCAGGAGCAGGCGGGUACCUACGUCUGCCCUGGGGGCUGAGCCCGGGGCUGUACCCUGAAGCGGGCCUCUACCCCUUCAUGGACACGUCCAAGUACGCCGCCCUCAGCAUGUACAAGGCUCAGUUCCUCAGUCAGCCCAGCCCCUACCUGCCCCAGCACCUGGCCUACCAGUCCCUCUGUGCCUCCCAGGGGGGGAACAUGAACCCUGCUGCUGCCUCGGCCACCGAGAGGCUCUACUUCAUGCCCCCCUACCCCCCGUCCCCCAUCUCCUCCCCCCUGGUGGGGUCUCCCAUGAGGAUCCCAGCGGUGUCUGUGGCCCCCACCUCCAUGGUACAUUGUCAGGAGAAGGGGCUGAGUGUCGGGUCUCGCAUCCACCACGAGGGCUCUCCGUUUGGGCAGCAGCUUCACCAGCCUCCCCCUCCACCCCAGCACCUUCAGCCCCCCCACACAGACCGAGACAGACCCCCCAGCAGGAGCAGUAAGCCCACUAGACCCACCUCAAACAAAGGAGCCAGCAACAGCAGUGGUAGUAUUAGUGGUGGUGGUGUUAGUAAUAGCCUUCCCAUUGAUUCCUCCCCUCGUGCUUCUACUCGCCUCCCCCAGCCUGCUCCUCCCCUGCCUCCCACUCUCAGCGACAGCACCUUAGACCUACAGAGGCCAGUCCCUCGAAUAGGGCCACCAUCUUCCUCCUCUUCCCAGUCGAUGCCUCACCCAUUCUAUGUGAGCAGCAUUGCUCAAGAGCACCCCUCCCCUGCCCGGCCCAGCCCCCACAAACACAGACCCAGGGAUGGGGCGUCAGAGCACAGGGCUGGGGGGUGUGAAAGGAAACCCAAUCAGUCCCCUUCUAAACCGUCCUCUGAGCGGAAAACUCCACCAAACAAGACUACCAAAGACCCAGCAGACCCAAAGCCUCUGGAUCUCUCUGGAAGGCUGCUGGAGUUUGACCUGCCUCCCAACAGCUUCCCCAUCAAGAUGGAAGCUCUGGGGUCUCUGGGGCCUCGGUACGGACAUCCCCCCAGCCGGGAGCUCCUGAAGGAGACCCUCUCACCCUCCUCCCACCCCUCCCACUCAGUGGUCAGCAGCACUUUCUCCAAGGCCCCAGACAGGCCAGAGAUGAUCAGCACUUUGCACUCCUCCUGGGUGGUGCCCACCUCUACACCCAUCUCCACCAUUGGGUCCACCCAAACACACCCCCACCCCCCAGCCCUAUCCCCCAGGCCCAGCCCAGACCCCCAAGGGAAACGCUCCUCUCCUUCAGUCAUCAAACACAAGGUUAUAGAGAGAGUCCUGCCCCAGUCCCAGCAAAACAGCCCAUCCUGCCUCAGGGUUGGAGAGCCACAUACUACUCCAAUACCUUCCAAUCACAAGCCUGCCUCCACGAUGCCCCCGUCCCCCAAACCCAAUGGUGAUUGGCCCAAUCACAGCCCCAGCCAAUCAGAAGGUUCCCCCAUGGCCGGCCAUCAUAGGAGCUCCACAGAGAAGCCUCUUAAAGCCCCCAAGAGGGCUGAGACGUCCCAGGAGGUGUCUCCCUAUACUAAACGUCCCUGUCUGGAGAAUACCAACGGGCACCCGCCCAGCCACCUUUACCUAGCUCACAGCAUGGCCUACGCCAACCGAUACCUGCACUACUCUGUACCCGACAGCAUGGCCCUCCAUUCUCUCCCUCUGCCAGGGAAGGGCCCAGCCUACCCUCACCCCGUCCUGCUGGGCAGUAGCAGCCUGUAUCCCUCCCACCUGGCAGCCAAACAGCCCUUACCCUAUCACAGCCAUGCUGGGGAGUACCUCACCUUCAACUCCCAGGAGAUGACCCACCCUCUGAUGCACGCACAUCCAGACUCCAAAGCCCUGGAGCAGGCAGAUCAGGGGCCCAAGUGCCGGGGCCAUGGUCAGGACAAACCUAGGGGUCUCACAGAGGAUUGUGGUGGGUCCCGCAGGGGCCGAAGUGGUGUGGAAACAGGAAAGGGGUUCCACGUGAAGCCCAAAAGAGAGGACGGGGAGCAGGGAGGGAGCCAGCCCAGACCCACUUCCUCCUCCAGCCUCAGUACCCCCUCCAAAGACCGUAUCGUCUGCAUUGACCUCGUCCACUCCGACACAGAUGGAGAAUCCACUCCGACCACCAACAAGCCGCUAGUCUCUGUCAUCAUUCCCAUCGCCAGGGGCAACCAACACAAGUGUUGCCAUGGCAAUGAAAACAUUAGGGAAGUGGAACGGGAGCCAAAACACCAACUGCAUUACCACCACCCCCACCAUAUUCAUCACUACCCCAGCCCAAGCUCCACCAUGACAACUAUCCACACAGACAGACAACCAGAGACCCUCUGUGUGAGACCCAAGCCCCUCCAGGAGACGUGCUGUCCAGGUGUGGCCUCUAGCCCACCUCAGGGCUCCCCAAAGCUGGUUAAUUGGGCAGAGGAGAGUCCUGUGGACCAGAGCCCUUCCUCAGACCCAGGGGAACAGGACCAGAGCACCCUGCGCUGUGCCCGAACGUCUGGUGACCGCAAGUCUGGCGACCACAUCUCUGGCAACCGCACGCCUGGUGAACGCACGUCUGGAGUCCGCACAACUGGGGAUUGUGACCGCAAGUCUGGCGACCACAUCUCUGGCAACCGCACGCCUGGUGAACGCAUGUCUGGAGUCCGCACAACUGGGGAUUGUGACCGCAAGUCUGUCGACCACAUCUCUGGCAACCGCACGCCUGGUGAACGCACGUCUGGAGUCCGCACAACUGGGGAUUGUGACCGCAAGUCUGGCGACCACUUGUCUAGAGAUGGCACGUUUUGUUGCGACUGCACGUCUGGAGAGGAGAGAGAAGAGAUGGACAGACAAACCUCCUCCCACCCCAUCCAUCGCUACAUGGACCUGGGGAAGGAGAGGGACAGUGAAAGAGAGAGCGUUGGAGACACCGAGGAGUCACAUGGAGAAGGGGAUGAGGACGAAGAGGGUGGGCGAAGAGGCUCACGGAGGACCAGCCUGACCAAGAGGAUCGCUAGCUCCUCGGGCUAUGUGGGUGACCGCAUCAAAUGUGUCACGACCGAGCUGUACGCAGACUCUAGCAAGCUGAGCCGGGAACAGCGCGCCCUGCAGAUGGAAGUCAUAUCACGAGAGGGGGAUAAUAUAAGUCGACCUGCAGCUAUCUGGGAGCGGGCGAUGAUGCGGUUCUCGGAGCUGGAGCUGAAAGAGAAGGAGUGCGGGGGUGUGUGUGUGUCUGUGUCGGCAGCGGUAGCAGAACGGGAGUUGGCAGACGGCCAGCGGAGAGAGAGAGAGUGGGAACACUGCCAACACACCGCCAGGCAGGGAGAGAGGGAGGGUGGAAGAAAAGUCUAUGGGAACAACAGAGUCCCAGUCCUCCAGAGGUGUGGUGGCCAAAGGGAGAGCCUGUCCCCAGGGCAGGAAGCCUGGGAGGGGGCUAGAGAUGGUGACAGAGUGGGAGAGGGUGGGCAACGUUCACCUCCCAUCCUGGCACUGGCAGACGGGCAUCCCAAGGAGAAGGGAGGGCAGAAUACGGUACCCGCUAGCAAAUGCACACACAGCCUACAGGAGAAAGAUGAGGAGGCAGGAGAGAAGAGGGUAGAGAAGAAGGCAAGGAUUACUUCAGGUGAGUGUGGGAGAUGUCGUUUUCUUUUAUCUACCUGUUACAAGAAUCAUCUUAGACUUCUGUCCAUCUCACCCUUUCUCUCACAGCUAUCCAGUUUCAUGCAGCCUUGA